AUGCCUGUGAUUUCGCGUAUUGUGUCGGCCGUGCUCCGCGUGGCUGAGAUUUUCUUCGGUGCUAUCGUUGCCGGUAUCAUCGGCCAUUACCUCGACAAGCUCGACAACAUUGAUCCCUGGCCCCAGGCGAGAUGGAUCUACACCGAGGUCGUCGCCGGUGUAUCGAUACUGCUGGCUCUACUUUGGUUAAUUCCUUGCUCGUUCGGCUUCUUCUUGUUCCCAAUUGAUAUUAUCCUCUCUCUCGCCUGGUUUGCUGCUUUCGGUAUCCUUGUCGACGCCAUUCACAAGCUCAACUGCGGAAGCAUCUGGCACUGGGGUGGCUUUUUGAGCGGUGACACUUGUGGUCGCUGGAAGGCUGCUGAGGCUUUCGCUUUUAUCUCCGCCUUUGUCUGGCUCGUAUCUGGCAUCGUGGUGCGUAUUCCCCGGGAUAUUAUUGGUAUAAACUUCAGGAAAUUGACGAUGAACAGGGCAUCUGGUUCACUUUCCGCAAGGACAGCUCCACCGGUCGUCGCCGCUGGAACCGCUCUGCUGUCUAAAUGCAGUACCGUGUCUGUAAUCGUGGAUUUCGGUUCUGUGUUCAGUCAGCGCGCAUCGACGUAUAAACACCGAACAUACCCAACAAUGGCGCAACGGUCCUAUUGGACCUAG